AUGUCAGAACGACGAGCCCCACCACCCCAACUCCACUUUGACGAUGGUUCCCGCAUCAUGACCGAAGCAGAAGAAUCUUCUGCUGCUGUUGAAGCUUUGAUUGGCAGUAUUCGGGGACCCCAAACUUCCUUGGAAUCCUUUUACGACAUAGAGCGAGUAUGUCAAGAUGUGGUGGAUCUCAUGCUGCCCAACAUACAAUCUACCGAUAACACCAGUGAUAACGAGGAGGAGGAUACGGCAAAGCAAUCACCAGAAGAAGAAUCUCCAUUAUGGCGUAUUGCCGUCCAAUUUCCAGAUUCUUUACUGAACGACAGUCCCGAAGUGUGUUGGUUGCUGGAAGAAAAGAUCACAAACAUGCAACAAGAUCGACUCCAAAGUAUGCAAGCGUCAGGAAUGUAUGAUGCCGUCCCAAACUUUAAAAUCCCACUAGUCUUUUGCUUGGGAGAUACGACCAUGGGAUCUUCGGUUCCUGACGAAGUAGCGGCCUUGCAUUUGAAUGCCGACGUCUUGAUUCACUUUGGACAUGCCUCCCUCUUCCCAACGGAACGAUUGCCCGUCAUUUACAGUUUUGGCAAGGUCGAAAUGGACGUGACCAAGGCUGUAGAGUCAGUCAUUCAACAACAACAACAACAAGAAGAAGAUGGAGAUAAUGGCAAACGAAAACUCUUGUUACUCUACCAAGUGGGAUAUCACCAUGCCAUGAAAGACUUCGAAACAAAAUUGUGUGAACAAAGCAAAAACACAGAGAUUGUGGUUGGACAGCUACCCAAGCCCAGACUGCAAAGCGGAAAGCUACGUAGUAGAACAGCUGCAGCUGAAUCCACUUGUUGCAAGUCAAAUGGGCAAGAAGCAUCUUGUCAAUCCCCGGCUACAUGUGGGGACGACAGCAACAAAGUAUCAUGUGAUCAACAAUCCAAUAAUAAUAAUGACGACAAGCCACAAACACCAAUAUCCGAAACGGCAGCACAGGUAGCGCCUUUAGCAACGGAUGAGGGACCAAAGUUUCGACAAUCGCUCCUUCUCGGAGGGCUAGAAUUGCCCGAUCAUAUCAAGUCAUGGGACGAUCUUUCAGACUACACCAUUCUGUUCAUUGGGGAUUCCGAAUCGACCAGUGAACGUCAAUACACCAAUAUCAUGCUUCGGUUUUUGUCAUUGCCGGCGCCUCCCCAAGCCUAUUGGACUUAUUCCCCCAAGAGCAUGUCCUUAUCCAUCGACCUUCCCAUGUCGUUGAAUCGACAAUUGAAAAGACGCUUCUUUUUGAGUCAAAAGGCUCGAGACGCCCACGUCUUUGGCAUUUUGGUAGCCAACUUAUCGCAACAGCACUUGGUGGACGUGGUCAAGAGCCUCAAACGAAUCAUUCACGAUGCGGGCAAGGCUUCCUACAGCUUUGCCGUCGGCAAGAUCAAUCCUGCCAAAUUGGCCAACUUUGCCGAGAUUGAAUGCUUUGUGCUGGUGGCCUGCCCGGAACAUUCGCUCUUGCAGGACGAACGAGAAUAUCACGUACCGAUCAUUACGCCAUUGGAAUUGGAAAUUGCCUUGGGUCACUUUUCAUGGGGCGAAAAGGCGUACAGUUUGGAUUGUCAAGAUGUCUUGGAAUACUUGCCACCGAAAGAAGAAUCCUCCUCCAAGGCAACGAAAGCAGAUGGUGACGGCCAAGACGGGGAUGAAACAGACGAGGACGAGGAUGCUCCCUACUUUUCGUUGGUGACGGGAACCUACGUUCAAAAGGCUUCCAAGGACAACGCGGCGCUCGAUUUGGAAGCCUUGCCCGGCAAGGGACAAGUGACAGCCUACAAUAGCGAAGCUGCCAACUUUUUGAAACAACGAGAAUAUCAAGGUUUGGAAACUUUGGCGGGCCAAACCGAAGUCAAGCCGGCGACGGAAGGCCAGCGGGGUAUCGCCUCGAAUUACGAAGGAAGCUAA